ACAUUAGGAAGAUGGUUCAGUAGGAAAUAGUACCCUGUCUUUUGUCUUCAUUUAUCUGCAAUUCAUCAUCUACGAAUAACAGUGAGCUUUGGGAAUAUUGACCAAGUUUGUCUGUCUUCUGUCGUAGCGGAAGUGCGACUUUAGCUAAAACACAUUAGCUUCACGGUGUUACAAUGGGGAUCAUUAAACUGGCAGAUUUGAUUCGAUCUGAUGCUCCUGAUGCCAUUUCAUAUAAAGACAUCAGCGACUACACAGGAAAGGUUAUUGCAUUGGAUACGUCUAUUAUUAUGAACCAGUUUCGUGCAGCCACGCCUUCACUGAGCCCCCUGACAGGUCUCUUCUUUCGUACCCUGACCUUCCUGGAACAUGAUAUAAAGCCAGUCUUUGUGUUUGACGGAAAACCUCCAGGGGAGAAGACUGCUGUUCUUGUGAAACGAGCUGAAGCAGCCGGUUGGAGAUCUGCCAACUGUUCAGGCUCAGCAUCGCCCCAAACCAAAGACUGUUUGCACCUCCUGAAGCUUCUAGGUGUUCCUGUCAUCCAGGCUCCUGGUGACGCUGAAGCGCUCUGUGCUCAGCUGGUGAAGAAGGGGACUGUGGACGCUGUGGCAUCAGAGGAUAUGGACUCUCUGCCAUUUGGAGCUGAUGUUCUGAUUCGUCAAUUCAAUGCCAAGAAGGACAGUGAAGUCAUUGAAUAUUCUCUGCCAAAGCUGUUGAAGAAACUUGAAAUUACACAGGAGGAGUUUGUGGAUUUGUGCAUUUUGCUGGGCUGCGACUACUGUGAGAAGAUAUCGGGUUUGGGUCCGAAGAGAGCACUAACCCUCAUCCAGAAGCACCGCACCAUUGAGAAUGUGGUUUUACAUAUUAACAGACAGACGUAUCCUGUGCCACACUCCUGGAAGUAUCGAGAAGCACGGGAAUUAUUCGUGAAUGCACCUCAGACUACCAUUCCUGAACUCGUCUGGACUGAACCUGAUGAGGAAGCACUGGUCGGGUUUCUCAGUCACGUAAAGCGAGUAAAGGAGGACAGGGUCCGUCAUCGAAUGGAGAGGUUUCGUCAGAUGCGAGACUAUAAGCGAGAAGAGAGAGAAAAAGAGAAGGCAGCAGGAAAAAACAAGCAGACUCGCAUGGAGGACUUCUUCAGAGUGACCAGAAAGAGAGAACAGGCUGUGGAAGCUGCUGACUCUUUAAGCAGCAAGAAAAAGAGACCAAAGACAAAAUAAGGCCUCUGCCAUCUGCCUCUAAAUAAUCCCUGUGUUCCUGUCCAGAUAUCUGAAAAGCAGAUAUGAACCCGUUUGAAUGACAGUCCUUGUCUUUAAGCACAGCAUUGAACGAUGACUCUGCAGUGAAUUAAGAAGACACCAGAACAAGCAUUUUACAAGAAAUCGACUCCAUUCCACUUCUGGACUGACACAACAAUAAGCGAAUCUUGUCUUGACAAUGCAAAUCACUGAGCAAAUUUUCAAUCAUUCCAGCAGUUUCCUGCAAAGGCGACGCAAAAAGCAGAGCAGGCAGCGAACGGCUAUGAAAGACUUCAGUGUAAUCAGGGAGAGUGGGGCCAAAAUGGGAGACAGGGGACGUCUCAUCACAAGAUAUUCAAUGAGCACCUGUUGGGUGAAGGAUGCCAAGACGGCCAAAGACUGGAUUUAAAAAAAAAAAAAAAAAAAAAGUGUCUAAAAGAAAUAGUGAGAUGUUUGAAUCCAUGAAGAAAUGCUCUUUUUUAUACUGUAUGUGUUGUGCAUUGAUAUGUUACAGACCUUUUAAAUGAAAAUAAUGUUAUUUGAUUGAUGGAUACUUUUAUUUUUAUCAUGGGUCACAAAGUGUACAAUGUUUUAAAUGUACUUUAUUUUUAUGCUGGCUUUCUCAUUCAUUUUUUUUUUAUUCACCAUUUGAAUGCCGCUGUCUUGCUUACUUCUGGCAAUAAAACUGACUGUCAUACUUUAA